CCCAAAUAAACCUUUCUUUUGCAAUUAUAAUUCAAAGUCUCCUCUUCUUUCUUUAUAUAUAUAUAUACACACACACACAUAUAUCUCUAGCCAUUGCACCCAAAAUCUAUCUUCUCUUUUGUAUAUCUCUCUCUGCGUCUCUCUUCUUAUCAAGCAAGAAUGCAGCAAGCAAUUCCUUACAAGUCAUGGCUGCCUCUAUACACCAAAACUACUAGCCCUUUAACCCUUUUUGGUACUGCUACUACUGCUGCUAAACAAGUGUUAAAAGGGUCGACAAACAUGGGCAACAUGGUUCGAGAAAAUGCUAUUAUAGUCUUUGCUAAGAAAGGCUGUUGUAUGAGUCAUGUGGUCAAGAGGUUGCUUUUAGGUCUUGGUGUGAACCCACCAAUCUUCGAGAUCGAUGAGCAGGAGGAGAUUAGUGUGUUGCAGGAGUUGGAGCUGAUUGUGGAUAAUAAUAAGGAUGAUAAUAAUGGUAAUGAUGACAAGGUGCAGCUUCCUGCUGUUUUUAUUGGUGGUAGAUUGUUUGGAGGACUGGAUAGGCUUAUGGCUACUCAUAUAUCAGGAGAAUUGGUGCCUAUUCUGAAAGAUGCUGGGGCUCUAUGGCUUUGAAGAUUACUGCAGUUUUGUUCCUUAUCUAACUUCUUUCUUUCUUUUAAAUUUGCUGCAGCUUAGCUUAGAAGAAAUGGAGAAUUGAUUAACUUUUGGGUCUUUUAGAAGAUUUAGAUUUUGUAAUUUAGGAAGAAAGAAAAACAAAUUUGAACUCUUUUCUUUUCUUUUCUUUUCUUUUUUUUCUUUCAUCUGUCUAUGUCUACCCUUGAUCUAUAGAAUUCUUGUUUUUUUUUUUUCUCUUGUUUUGGUUACUGUUUCUUUAGUGGAGGAUGGAAGACUUACAUGUCUUUAUUGAUUUUUAGUAAUUAAACAAAUUUCCACAGCUGUUUCCUGGAAUAA